AUAAACAAAACAAAAACACAAUUGAAAAAUCAAAAUCCUUCCCCGACGCGACGGCCUCUCCUCCCUCUCGGCUCUCCCUUUCCCCUUCCUCCACCCCUCCUCAAAUCUUCCAUUUCUCUUCCCGAUUCAUUGAUCCUCUGCCCAUCCCCUCCAACCCUAUAAUCCCUCUCCACUCGAUCUCGUGCCCGCCGAUUGGAUCUGCGCUUCUUCGUGCUUCGAUCCAGUGGGUUUCCCUAUAUAUACACCUCCCGCCCUCUCCUUUCAGGGGACUUCAAGACUCCUCCAGAUCAUGGAUGCUAUCGAGGAUUUGUCUCAGCUCUCCGAUGCGAUGCUUCAGGCGUCGGCGGUGCUUGCAGAUGAGGAUGUCGACGACACCACGCCCUCCAAGCGCUCCUCCACCUUCCUCAAUGUCGUUGCUCUCGGGAACACAGGUGCUGGUAAGUCUGCAGUAUUGAAUAGUCUAAUUGGCCAUCCAGCAUUGCCAACUGGUGAAGGUGGUGCAACACGUGCUCCAAUAUGUGUUGAUUUAAUAAGGGAUGGUUCGUUAAGCAGCAAAUCCAUUAUGCUGCAAAUCGAUAGUAAAUCACAACCGGUUUCUGCAAGUGCACUUCGACAUUCAUUACAAGAUAGAUUGAGCAAAAUAUUGGCCAAGAGUCGUGAUGAAAUAUAUUUGAAGCUUCGUACAAGUACAGCUCCUCCAUUGAAAUUGAUUGAUUUACCUGGAGUGGAUAAAGGCAGUAUUGAUGAUUCAUUGAGUCAGUAUGCUGAACGUAGUGAUGCAAUAUUACUGGUUGUCAUACCUGCCACCCAGGCACCGGAAGUGGCUUCAGCCAAAGCUAUCAGAAUUGCUAAGGAGCUUGAUGGAGAAUGUACAAGAACUGUUGGAGUAAUUAGCAAGAUAGAUCAAGUAUCCUCCGAACCAAAAACCCUCGCUGCAGUGCAGGCUCUUUUAUUGAAUCAAGGGCCUCGAAGUACCGCUGACAUUCCAUGGGUUGCUUUGAUUGGCCAAUCUGUGUCUAUAGCAUCUGCUCAAUCAGGAAGUGUUGGAGCUGAAAAUUCUUUAGAAACUGCAUGGCGAGCAGAAAGUGAAAGCCUGAAAUCAAUACUGACUGGUGCUCCUCAAAGUAAGCUUGGGAGACUAGCUUUGGUGGAGACCCUUGCUCAGCAGAUCCGGAAUCGCAUGAAAGUGAGGUUGCCAAAUCUCCUAUCAGGGCUUCAAGGCAAGUCCCAAGUCGUCCAAGAUGAACUUUUCAGGCUUGGUGAGCAAAUGGUCCAGAGUUCUGAAGGUACAAGAGCUUUGGCGUUGGAACUUUGUCGUGAAUUUGAGGACAAGUUCCUCCAGCAUAUCACAACAGGAGAGGGUAGUGGAUGGAAAGUGGUUGCUAGUUUUGAAGGCAAUUUUCCUAAUCGAAUUAAGCAACUUCCUUUGGAUAGACAUUUUGACAUCAAUAAUGUUAAAAGGAUUGUGCUUGAAGCAGAUGGUUAUCAACCUUAUCUUAUUUCUCCUGAAAAAGGGUUGAGAUCAUUGAUUAAGGGUGUUUUAGAGUUGGCGAAAGAACCGUCACGUCUUUGUGUUGAUGAGGUGCACCGGGUGCUUGUUGAUAUUGUCUCUGGUGCUGCUAAUGCUACACCAGGCCUUGGAAGAUAUCCUCCUUUUAAGAGAGAAGUUAUAGCUAUUGCUACCACUGCCUUGGAGGGAUUCAAGAAUGAAGCUCGGAAUAUGGUGGUUGCACUGGUGGACAUGGAGCGCGCUUUUGUGCCUCCGCAACAUUUUAUACGUUUGGUGCAGAGAAGGAUGGAUAGACAGAGGCGUGAGGAGGAACUGAAAGGUAGAUCUUCGAAAAAAGCUUCUGAUGCAGAGCAGUCCAUGUUGAACCGGGCAUCCAGUCCACAAACUGGAAGCCAACCGAGUGGAUGGAGCCUAAAAUCACUAAGGGAAAACAAAUCAAAUCAGCAAGAUACAGAUAAGGACAAAGACAAAGAUAAGGAUAAAGAGGCGCAGGAAGGAUCAUCACUGAAGACUGCUGGUCCAGAAGGGGAAAUUACUGCAGGUUUCUUAUUGAAGAGAAGUGCCAAAAAAGAUGGUUGGAGCAAAAGAUGGUUUGUCUUAAAUGAGAAAACAGGAAAACUUGGAUACACAAAGAAGCAAGAAGAGAGGCAUUUUCGUGGUGUCAUCACUUUGGAGGAAUGUAAUCUGGAGGAGGUUCCAGAGGAUGAUGAAGCUCCUCCUCCUCCAAAGAGUUCUAAAGAUAAAAAAGCUAACGGUCCAGAUGCAGCCAAAGGACCUAGUCUUGUGUUCAAGAUAACAAGCAGGGUCCCCUAUAAGACUGUUCUUAAGGCCAAUAGUGCUGUUGUUUUGAAGGCUGAGAGUGCGGCAGAUAAGACAGAGUGGUUGAAUAAAUUGCGAACUGUCAUCAGUUCUAAGGGUGGGCAAGUGAAGGGUGAAUCUGUUCCCCCAGUGCGGCAAAGUCUCUCAGAUGGAUCUCUUGAUACAAUGGCCAGACGACCAGUUGAUCCAGAAGAAGAACUUAGAUGGAUGGCGCAGGAAGUGCGUGGUUAUGUUGAAGCUGUUCUUAAUAGUCUUGCUGCCAAUGUCCCAAAGGCAGUUGUUCUUUGCCAAGUGGAGAAGGCAAAAGAAGAUAUGCUUAAUAAACUAUACAGUUCUAUCAGCGCACAAAGCAUGGCUCGAAUAGAAGAGCUACUCCAAGAGGACCAGAAUGUAAAGCGCAGGAGAGAGCGUUAUCAGAAACAGUCCUCUAUUCUUUCCAAGCUUACACGAGUGCUGAGCAUUCAUGACAACCGGGCAGCUGCUGCUGCCUCUGGAUUCUCAAAUGGUGGCGGCGCAGAAAGUAGUCCAACAGCUGCUGGUUCAUCUGGUGAUGACUGGAGAUCUGCAUUUGAUGCUGCUGCUAAUGGCCCUAGUGAUUCUUUUAGGCGGUCUCGCUCGAAUGGUCACAGCCGCCAGAACAGUGAUCCUACCCAGAAUGGUGACAUAAGCUCUGGGGCAAACACUGGCAGCCGGCGCACUCCUACUCGUUUGCCACCUGCUCCUCCAUCAUCAUCAUCAUCUGGGUCGGGCUAUAGGUUUUAGAGGGUAGAGAUGGAUGGAUAAUUUUGCUGAUUGAUUCUUGCAAUGAUUCUUGUAUUGUCUUGUUGUGGCGGGCCGAACAGUUUAUUGAGCUUGAAAUCUUUUUAUAAUAGCGCCAUCAGUAUGUAGUAGAGGAUUGAGAGAGAAAGAGAGAUAAGAACGCCCAUGUAGAUAAAAUGAUAUCCAUUCAUCACCAUCACCUCCUUUUUUUUGUUGCAUUUGCGUUUUCAACUU